AUGAAAAUUGUUACAGAUCCUUCAGAUUGUAUAACACUUUGUAAAAAGAACAGUUUUACGUGGUCAGCUAUAUCAAAUGACUCGUUUUGUUUCUGUGGAAAUAAUUUACCACCGGAUACAGAAUUAUACAAUUCAAGUUGCUUGUAUUCAGAAACGGUAACUGUCUAUAGGACAGAAUCAAAUGUUUAUAUAGGUCCAUUUGUGAUUACAACAACAGAUUUGACAGUUAAACAAGUUGGAGACACGAUCUCAAUAAAUUUUGUAAUACCAACAGAAUUUAAAGUUUUACCUGGUGUAAAAGUUUAUGAAUUCGAUUAUGGCGAUUCACUACAAACUACAGAAAACAUCUCAGAUAUUACUAUACCACUAGUAAUAAGCUACAAUGCACCAGGUCCUGUUUGGCCAACGCUGAGGGCAAGAAAUCAAGAUGGUACAAUUACUGGCUCAGCAAGUUUAGCAUUAAUGAUUUAUGAACUGAUAACUCCGGCUGAUAUUACGUUUAACUGCCCACUACUUGUCAUGAGUGGAUCUGUAUUCACCUGUCAACUGAAUUGCAAUAAAGGAAGUCAUAUACAAGGGACUGUGUCGUUUGCGAACGAUUGGCAGGAUACAAUCUCAUUACCAGAACCAAAUUAUGAUUGGAUAGGACUGCCUCCAAAACGUAUGAAAGAUACAAUGAUAAAUUAUAACACAAACAAGUUAAUCAUCACUGGUUCACAAGCUCGCUAUGAUGGAACAAUCAGUACAAUUCAAAUACAUGCACUUCUAUUAACUGAUGUCACCUUUUAUCUUUUACGCGUUCAAUGCACUGGUGGUAUGUACAAUUUUGAAACCAAUAGCUGUUCAUCGACCAACAAUCGUAGCGUAACGUGUACAGCAGAUCAAGUGUUUUCUGGUUUGGUCCGGGAUUGCGUUAAUAUAUCAUCAUCCUACUGCGGUAAUCUACGGCAACUGAAAUUAGAUAAACCUAUAAUUGUUGAAAAUUAUGAUUAUCAAGUGAUAGGAAUUUAUACUGUCAAAUUAACAGUUUUAGGUUGGCAGAGUAUUAAGUUGCCUUCAGUAUGGACUAUUCAGUCAGGUGAUCGAAUAGGAUUCACUAGUAUCUUAGCAGGAAGUAUUGGAUGUGCUCCUUCCUCAUCAUAUGAAGCUGAUGAUUUAGAAACCUUGACAACGUUUUCUGGAACUAAUGGAAGUUCUGUAUUAGGGAGUAGUCUAAAGCGUUUGACUUCUAUACGACAUCAGAUUGGGGCUUGGAUCAGGCCAACUCAUGAUGCAUUAUUGACUGGAUAUAUAAAUACGACAGGGUAUCAAGACGUCUCACUUCAGCUGUACAGUUACUGGGGCAAGAACUAUACAUCACCGGCUCUCAUUAAAACCACUAUUAUGAUAGAUGAAAUUAUAAAUGAAACUCAGCUAAUAUUAAACUCAUGUGCUGCGGGAAUACAAUGUUCAUUAGAACUUAAAAGUCAUACAGGCAUUAAUGUCACUUAUGUAUGGGAUUUUGGUGAUGGCACAGUACAGAAAACAACAUCAGUUAAAAUGGUGCAAAAAACCUACAGUACUGUUGGUAAUUAUAAUUUGAUCGUCAAUAUAAGCAACAGUAUCCAGUACAAAAUAAUUGUACAAAAUGUGAGUGUGAUAGACAAAUUUGAGUUUAAUGGAAUACAAGGAAAUCAGUUUACUGAAUUGAAUGGACUAACCACUCUAAAAUUAAAUCUAUCUGGAAACAGAUUUAUAUGUUCCUGGUAUCUGAACGGUGUUUUGUCUAAAAAUGAUAGUAUGACACAAUUUGAUUACAUGCAUAUUCAAAGUGGUGUGGUAGUCUGGAAUGUGACUUGUCGAACUCCUGUGGAAACUAUUAGUAGAAAACUGGAACAAUUUGUAAUAGAGCGUUUCACAGGACUUUCACUUGUAACCAAGAGUUUACAAGUGGCAAAACCAGCUCAGAUUGUUUUUACUUUCAUAACUGGGAAUAAUUUAACAUCUCAGUUGACUUUCUUUAAUCAAAUUUUAAAUACACGCAUUGAUUAUGUACAGAAAACUAUCACAUCUGAACUGGUGAGUGAGUCACAGAUAGCGUCUGUAAACUACAGCUUAUGGACAACCAAUCCAAUUAGUUCAAAUUUAACUACUGGUCAGAUACUGUUUGAUGUACCAGUACUUGGGAUGAACAUACAAGUUGAGCCAAAUUACGCUGGCCCUUCUCAAAACAUGAUUUUUCGUGUUUCGUUUCAAGAAGGCACAUCAAUCAUUUUGACUGUUAAUUAUGGGGACGGUGAAGUAAUCCAGCAAUCCGCUAUGCAGUUGCAAACAUGGCCAAAGGAUUAUCAGUUGACCAAAAAGUAUUUAAACGCCGGUGAGUACACUGUGACGUUUUCAGCAUCCUCAGGGGGUAAUACAGAGAACAGGACAGUCACGGUUUAUGUAGUUGAUAAGAUUGGGGUUUACGCGGCUCAAGCCAUCACUGAAUCUGUAGCUGUUUACGAUCCCGCAACUUUGAAGAUAACAAGGCAAUCUGGAAAUCCUGCAGUGUUAACUAAAAUAAGCUUAGACUGGGGCGAUAACAGUCAGUUCACCCUAGACGAUUUCCGCGAAGGUACUGUUUACAGUCAUAUUUACAAAAGUGAGGGGGAUUUCGGAGUUACCGCUUUACUUACAAAUCCAGUUGACCAAAAGGUUUUUGUUACCACACUUAAAGUUAGAGCAAGAAUUGAAGAUUUUGGUUGUCAAGUUGCACCAAAUCCAGUUGAGACAGGAAAACUGUUAGUGAUUUCAGUGGUUUAUAAAAGUGCACAAGAUGUCAUCAUCAGUGCUUUGUUAAAUAACCGAACAGAUUCCAAACAAAUCAAUGUACCAGGAUCUAUCACAUUUACUUUAACAUACACUGGAAUAGCUGCCAAUUUUCCAACACUAGCUAAAUAUAAAGUGGUAUGGGGAGAUGGAAGUGCACUCUCAGAAGGAAUGUUAACAUUGGCAAAUCAACCACAAAAAAUCAGUCACGUUUUAGCUGAUUUAAAUUACUUUCAAGCUUCUGUCACCUUGGACAAUGUUAUAAGUACCAUGACGAAAAAUACUCAGGUUGCCGCUUUUGGUUUAUUCCAACAAAUUGAUUUGAUAAUAACAGUUGCAUCUACUGGUGAUCCUGGUUAUGGAGCAGAUGGAAACUUUUAUCCACUAGGAGUUCAAUUAAAAUUCCAAGUGCUUGCAAAUGGAAAGCCAAAUAAUGUGGCUAAUAUCACUUAUUCAAUUAUAAAUAAAACUAAUAAUCUCAUACUGGACUCAGGAACUGUUUGGAAUAAUUACUUUUUCUACACAUUUACUAAGUUUGGAGAAUAUAAUAUUGUAGUACUGGCUUCAAAUCCAGUGAGCGCGAAAUCAACUUCAAAAGAAAUUUCAAUUAGGACUUCCAUACGUGGAUUAAAAGCUUAUCUUGUCGGUAAUGGUAUGUUGGAACCAAAUCAACAAGGUAUAAUACGUAUUUCAUUUGAAGCCUAUCCAAACGAUGCGUGUUUGUGCGUAGAAAAAUCAGAUGGAGUUGGUCCAGUUUAUUAUCCGAAAUUAACAGAUCCAACAUCUUUCUGUUCAUUAUGUCCCAGUUACUUACGUUUGCAAGAUGCACCAGUCAAUCUGACAUUCUCAUUAAGUGUUCAAUAUGGUUCAAGCGGACCUCAGUAUGUGUCUAUCCAGGCUAUUAGUGCGUCGGAAAUAGUCGAUACUAAAUUAUAUAUCCCUGUUACAUUUUCAACGUGUCCUCCACCUAAAAUAUCUAUGUCGAAUGCAUCAUCACAAUUAACAACUUAUCCAAUUAAAGCAAUUACCUCCGAAAUUAUAAAUAUUGAAGCAAUACUUACCGUACCAGAUUGUUUGUUAUCAGUACCAAAUGAGAAAUUAUGGACUUUAUACUCCAUUGAUUUAGAUACUACACAAACAUUAGGACCAAUCUCAUUAUCUCAAGAACUUAGUUCCAAAACACUAAGACUUGGUUUACCUGCUAAUUUUCUUUCACCCGGGCCAUACAAAGCUACGUGUUCAGCGUAUUUUACUCCACCUCAAGGAGUACCAUAUAUUGUCUCAGAAAGCGCAUAUAUAAUAGUUGUCCCACCACCAUUAUUAGUUCAGUUCGAUGUGGGUAAUCCGAUCAGCAAGACAAUCGAUUUAUCUAUUAAUGAGAUAUGCUUAAAACCUGAGGUUUAUUCGCUUGAUCCUGCCAUGAAUAAUGUAAACGUUCCACAGGGUAUCGGAUCUUGGAUAUGGUAUUGCAGGCAAGUCGAUGAAGAAUUGUCAGGAAAGUUGAUUUCGCCCAAACCUCCGGGUUAUCAAUACAAUGCAUACUAUACUGGUUGCUUUGGUGACGGUCCAGGAGUAAUUGAUACAAAUAAUGGUACUCUGUGCUUUACAACGGAAAACUUUAGAAUAAAUAAAACAUAUGAAGUUACAGUCAUCGGCAGUAAACCACCCAAACGGAUUGGAAAAGCUACAAUGCAACUGUUGACUACAAAUGAAGUAGCACCAAUCUUUACAAUAAGAUGCAGCAUACCUUAUCUGUGCUACAAUCUAGAAUUUGACUCAUCAAAUUUAACCAGUUGGUUCAUUCCUGAAUCAGAUGAUCUUUAUGUAACAGUUUUAAUAGAGUUUGGAACCCUAAGCCCUGAUAUGAAAUUUAAAUGGAAUAUCAGAGAAAUGCAUUCAGACGGCACACUUUUACCAUUCGAUCAAGUUCAACAAGAUACUUACACAGAAGGGACAUUUACAUCAUCAUGGCGAAUAAAAAAAGGAUAUUUUAUCAAUAAGUCAAAUGAUGUCAAAGGAUGUAUUGUAUGUGCUACCUUAACUAAAAAUACUGACAUAGGAACAUCUUGUUUACGAUUCAAAUAUUUGCCAAGACCCACACCGGGUAUAUGUACAUAUACUUUAAACGAUACAAAUAUGUGUGUAAACUGCGUAAACUUCACUAGUAUUGUUAGUCCACUGACAUAUACAUUCUUUCUUACGAAUUCAUCCAUCAAAAUUGCUCUUGCAAGUGAAAACCUUCCUAAAACUUGUUUCGUUGUACCUUAUAUGUACAGUCCACUAGAUGCUUGUGUCUAUGUUUCUGAUAAAUUUGGGGGUUCAAUAGAAGUAUGCUAUGCGAAUAUAUUCGUCCAAGCGAAAUCACUGGAUCUUAUGCGUGCCGCAAUACAAUCACUUGUAGAAGACAAAAAAGCUGAAUUAAACAGAUUGGUUGUUACUGGACAGUUGACAGAAAGUGCUGAUCUAGUUACCAGUUAUGCAUCUGCUGUGCAAAUGUUCUCUACUCUUGAAACUCGGAACUCCGCUGGUGCAAAUAAUACCCCAGAUGCAAUUUUUAAUCGUGAUUUACGUUCUAAGGUUAUUCAAAUGCUGGUAAAUACUGUAAACAAUUUUAUACCGACUGAUUCAAAUUCAUUCAUCUUAGCAAUGUCAUGCACUGCGAAUAUACUUAGCAAUACCUUGGACGUGGAUAGAAGUUCUCAGUCAAAAUUAAACACAUACCUUACUGAAGUAACUGAAUCUCUAGAAGCAAUUGUUUGUGAUAAUACAGACCAGUUGUUAACAAUGACCUCAACUAUAUUUCAAUCAGCGCUUCUUUUAGCUGAUGCUGGAAAUAGUCAGAUUAAUAACCCAAUCUCUUUAGAUAUACCAACAGAUCCAGCUCUACUCGAUUACAAUGUCGAUCUCGAGAAGGCAGGUCUACAGACAUCAGGUUUGGAUCCUAUGAGUGAUUUAAUGUUGCAAAACAGUGCAGAUCAACAAUCAUUACUGGUUGGCCAGACAUUAGAUAUGAUCCGUAAUCUGAUGACCACAUCACAAAAAGUCACACAAGGUUUGUUAAUUGAAGGUGCACCGCCAAUAACAUUUCAGACGUCAAACGCUGUGAUUAGUCUUUCUAGGAUUCCGCCGAAUAAAUUGUCAAAUAGAAUUGCGGUAUUAAAUGGAAGUCAAAAUGAUGUUUUUGUAAACAAUUUAUGCAGAAACUUUCAAGCUUUAAAUGAAAGUUGUUCAGAAUCAUAUAGCCUUCAAACAUUCAUAUCAAAAACAAACCUGUUCUCAUUUCGUACUGGUUCAUCUAUACCAAUCCCAUUUCAUACUGAGACUAUUUCAAUGAUUUUAUACAAUAACAAACCAGUUAUCGUUAAAGAUGUCAAAGAAAUAGUUGAAGGAAUUGUUCACAGGAUAUCAAAUUUUAAACAACCAACCUUUACAAGUAUGGAUCCAGGAACAAAUCGACCUCAACUACCAGCUGCACGAAUAGCUGUGGAUAAAACAGAAAUUUAUCAAGCUCUUUUGAUGAGUCAUCAGGUAGUACCAGAUGAUGUAGCUGUAUUUUUCCAGUUGUACCCUGAAAAUAUUUCUGAAUGUCCACAAUAUUUACUGUUCCUAAGACUGAUUGAUCCCCCAGUAAUUUCCUUAUCAACUGGGGGAUAUGAUAUGUGGACAACGUUACCUGAGGAUACUUCAAAAUGUGUUAAUAUGACCACAAACCCAAAUGAUCCAAAUUACAGAUAUACAUUUAUGUUGGAUAACCGUCAACUAAUGGAGCUUAGAUCAACACAGAAAUAUAGUGAAAGAUUUGAACUUCUACAAAAGUCUGUAGCUCAAACAGUUUACAUUGGUUUUCGUCAAUUGAAUCAGUAUGAGAUUAAUACGUAUAAAAAUACAAGUCCUCCAUUAAUUCCUUAUCAAUACAGGGACCAAAUAAACAACACAGCACUUUCACGUUGGUUUUUAACAUCUUGUGUAUCUGGUCAAGUGGAUUCUUCGAAAAAAUGGUCCACAAGCAAAUGCCGAGUUGGUCCUAAGACUACCGUUCAACAGACUCAAUGUAUAUGUGAUGAAUUUUCCACAUUCACAUCUGGAUGGUUUGAACUACCCAACAGUAUCGAUUUCAAUUAUGUAUUUGCUAAUAUAGAUUUUAACAAAAAUCCUACACUGUAUGCUACAGAGAUUUCCCUUUGUAUCAUAUUUUUAUUAAUACUUAUCUGGGCACGUAGAGAAGAUAUUAAGGAUAUAGAAAAGCUUACUGUCACACAGUUGUCUGAGAAUAAUCCAGAUUGUGAGUAUUUUUAUGAAAUCAUUGUGAGUACUGGACAUCGUAGAUGUGGGGGCACUGAUUCUAAAGUCUGUUUUAUUCUUUCUGGACAAUAUGGUGAGACAGGCUGUUACGUUCUACAAGAUCCCAAUCGAAAAGUAUUGUGUCGUGGUGCCACGGAUCGAUUUUUACUCGCUUGUCCAAAACCGCUGGGGCCGUUAAUUUACAUACGUUUAUGGCAUGAUAAUUCUGGUGUAGGUGAUAAAGCAUCGUGGUAUUGCAAUUAUGUUGGAGUGGUUGAUUUACAAACUAGAGAAAAGUCACAUUUUAUUGUUGAAAGUUGGUUUGCAGUUGAAGAAGGUGAUGGUCAGGUGGAUCGUAUUAUUCCUGUAACAAGUCAAGAAGAAAUGUUAACAUUUAUACACAUGUUCAGCACAACAGCAUCUCGAAAUAUGACUGACGAUCAUUUAUGGAUAUCAGUUGUAGCUCGUCCAAUAUUCAGUCGAUUUACCAGAGUGGAAAGAGUUGCCUGUUGUUUACUUUUACUUUAUCUAUCUAUGCUUGGUUCAUGCAUGUUUUACAAAGGUGAAGGAUCUGUCAAACAGCCAAAUUUAAUUAGUCUUGGACCAUUUGGAUUCACUCCCACAGAGUUUUAUGUAGCUAUUGUUAACAAUCUGCUUACAUUCAUUCCAUUGUUUUUAAUCAUUUAUAUAUUUCGUAAUUCACGUUUACGGGUCAGUCAUGCAACGAAAUUACGCCAUGCUAUUGAAGAACAUUUAGAUGAAAAACUAUAUAUUGGAAAAGCUUCAUUUAUUUAUAGUACUCAGUCAGCAAUACAAGAUACAAGCAAAAAUGAUGACCGUGAGGCUCUGGCUGAAAAUGCUGACGAUACUGAAGGUAAAGAAAAAGGACGAACUUUGUUUUGUGGAUGGCAAAUGCGUAUUUUCGCUUGGUUACUUCUUAUCAUAUGUUUGGGUAUAGCUGUCACUUUUACAACAUUCUAUGGUGUGAUGUUUGGUGAAGCUACAUGUAAAAAAUGGCUGUCAUCAUUGUUUCUAUCAUUCUUUAUAAGUGUACUUCUAGCUCAACCAAUAAAGGUACUACUGCUAGCCGUGUUCUUUUCAUUCAUUUGUAAAUCAACUGAUCGAGUAGAUCAAAUAGAAAUUUUUGAAGAAGAAGAUCGAAUAAUCCAAACAUUAGGAAAGCGGUAUCAACUUCGAAUGGAUAGAGAAUACUUAAAUAAUAACUACCUAUCUGAUGAUUUUCGUCCACAACGUUUGGUAAUCCUACCGCCGGAUCCAUCAGACUUGGCACGUGCUCGAGCUUAUCGACUAAAACAAAGAAGAGCCAAUGAUAUCAUUCGUGAAGUUAUACUUUACGUUUUCUUUCUCACAUUGCUACUAAUUGUCAGCUUAGAUUUCCGUGAUGCUAAUGGAUUUCUCUUGAAAUCUAGUCUACAAAAUUUGUUUUUUCCAAGUUCAUUUCAAAGUAUGAAUGAUGUGGACGAUUUCUAUAAAUGGGCCCAGAAUGUUCUAAUUCCUGGCUUGCGUGCAGAUCGAUGGUAUAAUCGUAAUCCACCUUUGUUCCAACGUGGUUUCUUGCAAGACAGAACAGAUCGAAUAAUUGGUUAUGGAAUGAUGAGACAACUACGAACUAAAAAAGAUUCAUGUAACGUACACGAACUCGCAAAACAUCUAUUCAAACAUUGCUACGGAAGUUAUGAUAUGUUCAACGAAGAUAAAGAAGCGUAUGGGAUAUCAUGGGCUAAGUUUGAAGGAAAUGAUAAGUCGAAUAACUCUGCACCAGAAUUUGUUUAUCAAAAUUCAUCACAGUUGAAAGGUUAUCCAUAUCUGGGACAGAUUACAUGGUAUUCUGGAGGUGGAUAUGUUCAUUUACUAAGAGGUUCAAAGGAUGAAAUGUUAGACAGGAUGAGUUUUUUAAAUCAAACUCACUGGAUCGAAUUCUCUACACGUGCAAUAAUAGUACAAUUUACAGUGUAUAAUCCUAAUAUCAAUCUGUUUGCCAUUAUAACUGCUCUAAUUGAAAUGCCUGGUAUCGGUGCAAUGAUACCAUCGUAUCGUAUCGAAACGGCUAAUUUGUUUGGAGUACUGGGCUCUAAGACUAAGCUUGCGCAAAUUACAUCUCAGGUAGGGAAUAUUUUAAAUGCUUAUUUGGACUCAAUUUUCUCUGACGCAUAUUUUUGCAUUAAGGAUUACAAAGAUUUACAAAAAGAUCUUAAGCUUCCAAUUUGUUUCUUUGGUGUUCUUUUCGCACUAUUUGCAUUCAUACUAUUUUGUUAUUUAAUCAAAGAACUACGCAGCAUGUUCAGACAACGGUUGAAAUAUUUCACGAAAUUUUGGAAUUUUGUUGAGUUAUUCAUUAUUUGCGGCUCUAUAGCUGCUAUCGCUGCAUAUAUUUACAUGAUACUGAGUACAAAGUCAUCUAUUGAAGAGUUUUCACGUACACAUGGUAAUAUUUAUAUGAAUUUUCAACUAUUGGCAUAUUGGAAUGAAAAUCUUACGUAUUUAACUGCUAUAAUUUGCUUCUUUGCCAUGUUAAAACUUGUAUACUUAUUUCGUUUUAAUCAAAGAGUUGGUUUAUUAGGGUCUGUGUUGAAAUAUGCAGCAACAGAUUUAAAAUAUUUCUGCUUUAUAUUCUUGGUUGUCUUUUCAGCGUUUGUAUUAGUCUUCUACUUACUUUACAAUGAUACACUAAGUGGUUUUAAGACAAUUUUAAAUGCUAUAGAAACAAGUAUGCAGAUUAUUCUGGGGAAAUUCGAUUUCACAAGUAUGUAUGAACGACAAAUGGUGUUGGGUCCAUUACUGUUUGCUGCUUUCUCUUUAUGCGUUGUAUUUGUAAUGGUCAGUAUGUUUAUAGCUAUACUCGAUGAGAGUUUCCAACGUGUUCUUAAAGAUUUAAGUUUGCAGUCAGAUGAUCAUGAAAUGACUCAGUUUAUUGCAAUCCAAUUUAUCCAAUCUAUUGGUCUAGAUAGAACAACAUGGGGUAAGAAUUUUAUCAAAAACGUCAAUACACAACAACAAGAACCAAUUUAUGAUCCAGAAAGUGAAUCUUCAAAACAUGUUGCUCAGCUGAAAUCACUAAUGAAUGAAUUCUUAGAGCAUGUUCAACAAAACUUGAUUACAGAAGAAAGAAAACCCGUGGAUUCGAAGUGAUUAGUUCCAUCAUUGCUGUCAUGUCUGUUUGUAGUAAGAAAAUAAAUAAACCAUGGUUAUCAUAGAAAAACUCUUCAAAAUAACACUUUUCGAAAAUUCUGCUUUUUCGAUUAUUUAUUCAAUAAUAACAUCAGUCUAUAUUAGCUAUACUUUGCACUUCUAUGUUAUCCAUUCUUUUUUUCACACCUUCGUGUAAUACUAACCUCUUUUUACCAUCGCAAACACUAUGUUUAAAACAAUAAUAAGUAUUGAAAAAUGUCUUUUUUUAAUUAAUUGAAGAAAGAAUGAUUCUAG